AAAAACUGCUCGACGGCGGGUGCUCCAUUCUUUUAGCGUGUUGGUAUGUGUCUUUUUAGGCUGAAUUAAGCAUCCUACUGAUGAAUUGAAUUACUGUGACAAAAACAAAUGGAUGAAAUAAAUCAAAAUGGAAAUGAUCGACGAUACAAGUGGUUUGUGGUUAAAAAGCGAACACCAAAAGCAGACACACAAAAAAAGAGUAGUUCUAAACUGUCGAUCGAUUCGAACAGAUGCAGAAAAAUUUUCUCCAUGCGAGAAAGAUUCCAUCAGCUAACUUCCGUCAAAGUGAACGCAUAUGAAAACGAAUUGGUAGCAAAAUUAUCAGGCAAUACCAUUGAAGAUGAUGAUCGUCUAGCAGGGAGAUCACCUCCAAUCAACACUGUGCGAUUAGUAAGUGAGAGACAAAAUCUGAGCACACCGAACUCAAUACAGUUCUUCCAAAACAUUAGUUUGAAUACAGAACCCUGCAGAAAAGUAUCAAUCUGCCCAGGAAAUUCAGCCACACAAAGUACGAAUGCAAUUGUUGAGACAGAUCAUAGAGCUCUAAGGGAAAAUAAUACAAAUAUGGAUUCGACGAUUAAGAAAAUGAGAGGUGAACUCUCUCGUUAUGGCUGGUACUGGGGUAAACUAAACCGAAAUUCAGCUCAAAAAAAAUUGGCAAGGAAGGAAAAUGGAAGCUUCCUGGUUCGUGAUUCUCAGACAGAGGAACUUUUCACUGUAAGCUUCAGAAGCUCGGGAAUCACAUUACAUUGCAGAAUUGAUUAUACUAAUAAUUUUUGGUCACUUUCUGGACUCAAAACUCCUACGAAAUGUGGAUCACUAAUAGAACUGAUUGAGGAUACAAAAAAAUCAGAAUUUGGUAUAAUUGGUUAUGUAAAACAAAACUCAUCGUUAACUCCACCGUUUCCAGUGCGUUUGACGAAACCAAUCAAUAGAUUGUAUGUAGUACCAUCUCUUCAGCAUUUAUGUCGAUUUACAAUUCGGCAAAACAUUGAUUUUAAGGACAUAGAUGUUUUACCUCUGCCAGGUAAAUUGAAAACAUAUAUAAUUGAGAACUUUUGGGAUUUUAGAAGAAGAAAAAAUACUAUCUGCUGAGAAAAGCGUCGUCUACAUAUAACACAGUCCAAUAAAAUUUCUGCGCAGGCUCAACUUGAGGGGAAGCAUGAAGUUUGGAGUCUCCAGAAACACGUGCGUUUUUUCAUUGUUUUUGACAGAGUACUCAUAACACUAACCUACAAAAAUUGACAAAAAUGACUGCGCAGGCUCAAUUCGAGAGGAAGCACGAAGUUUGGAGUCCCCAGAAACACGUGCACCUAGAAUUUUUCAAAAAUAGGCAUUAAGACAGGGCCGAAUGGUUUUUCUCCAAAGUUUGUAUAGAGAAUUAGUGCUGUUUGCUACUCCCACAUAUAGCAUGCAAUAUUUUCAACAGCGACGAACCGCCCUAAUUCACCAUACAAACUUUGGAGAAAAACCAUUCGGCACUGUCUAAAUACCUAUUUUUGAAAAAAAUCUAAGUGCAUGUUUUUCUGGGGGCCCCAAACUUCGUGCUCCCCCUCGAGUUGAGCUUGUGCAGUCAUUUUUGUCAAUUUUUGUAGUACAGUGUAAUCAGUCAUCAGUCAAAAACAAUAAAAAACGCGAGAUCAAAAUGCUAUCAAGGCAUUUUAUGUGAAUCGAUCGAUUUCCAAAAAAUAUUUUGUUUAUGUUUAGCCAUAAGCAAACAUUUUAUAAUAUUUUCCAAAACUGAGUUUUCUUUAUCUCAUUUGAUCACGCGUAUUACUGAAAAACCACAGACAAACAGACGAGACUCUCCAUACAAAUUGUCUGUGGAAAAACUAUCUGUUUUGAGGAUUUUCUUUGCGUCGAAAAGUAUAAUUAGCAUCGAUUAGUUAAGUAGUAUUGCAAUAGAAUAUAUAAAUUCUUCGUGGUUUAAUAUACGGUA